UCUCGCUGCAACACCACCCGGGGCCUAACCGGUAACCCGCUCGCCCGUUGCACUCGACGAGAGCGUUCUCCCGAUACGAGAUUUUCCGGAAAACUCGGUCCGUUCCCAAGUGUGCGUCACGUGGUUUUCGCGUUACGUCCAAGUGUAAACAAUACUUAGUGCCGAUCGUAUUGGAAUUGCGUUACGUGUGCGAGUUAGCUCUUUGUCGGCCCUUGGUGUAACGUAUUUCGCGGAACCUCGCCGGGCGCGAAGUUGUGCGGUUAUCGAAUCAAAUUGUGCCGUGAGUGAUCUCUCGUAGGGCCUGGUUCAACCUAUCGUCUUUGCGCUGAUUAUUGCAACCUGCUUACUGCAAAGUUGGGAUCCAGCCAGAAAGCCGAGUCUUUUUCCAACGCGCCAGUCUUAUUAUGCAACAUUUUACGGAUGCAAUAACACGAAAAAGGACCAGAACUCAUUUCAAUCAUGUUUAUCGAACUCUACCAUCUUUGCCUUGUUUGUCAGUUGAUCGGAAUCUCGCGUAACACUUGCACUUGCACAUGCAGGGAGUGCAAGGAUCAAACCGCAGCGUGAAAAAUAAGGAAGUUGUAAUUAAUUUACUUGUAUACCUGUGGAACAGUUAAAGUGACAUUUUGAAAAUUUGGGCGCACAUUCCGCAAAAUGAACCGUUGUGCCAACGUAGAGGAAGACGUAAGGUGUGAAGUUACGUAAACAGUUUGUGAAGCAGCUAUUUAUUUCGGACGUGGACUGCGUAGAUCAUGGUGAUUACGAGGGACUUUAAGUCAAAGACGAUUUCGUUGUUCGGAGUGCGUUAAGUCGAUUAAGACUCGAAAGCCGUUAUAUUCGCGCCGUCGCCGACCAUUUCGGCAGCACCCUCCGCGAGUCGAACCCGUGAUGAUAGAUGUUGCACCAAUCGAGGGACUCGAGGUCAAAGCAGCCUGCGAUGCCUGCGCUUACUUCGCCGAGGAAAUCCUCCAGGAAGAAGAUGCGAGAGAACUAUCCCGUCAUGCUGUACACUUGGAGUUGCGUGAGGCCGUGUCCAACGGGGACUAUGCUGCCAUCAAAGCUCGCUUGGCAGAAUUGGGCAAAGAAACGGAAGCCAUCGUCAACAUGGCUCCAAAUGGCAGCAACACGCUCCUUUUCAUUGCCAGUGAAAUGGGUAGGAAGGAUAUUGUCAAAUUGCUGUUGGAACAUGAUGCUGACGGAAGAAUACAUCCGGUGACAAGGUAUUCGCCACUGUACAUUGCCUGCUUCAAGCAGUGCAAAGAAGUUGUAGACAUUCUUCUAAAGAAAUUUCCCGAAUUAGUUCAGCAGUGUACGGUUGAAAAAUGGCUACCCAUCCAUGCUGCUUGUAUUAAUAAUAGUGUACAAAUUAUGGAAACUCUCCUGAAGUUUCCGUAUCCAAAAGAUCUCUUAACUACUUAUAGGGAUGGUGACUGGGAAUUCACUCUUCCCUUUGACAUCAACAUGAAAGAUGUGACUGGACAAAAUGUUCUAUACUUGGCAUCUUUUUUAGGGAACUCAAAAAUGGUAGAAAUAUUAUUAAAGUUCAGAGUCAAAGCCGUACGCAUUAAAGAUGUAAACGAAGACAAAGAAGCAUUGUCCUCGGAUACCAAAAACUCUGAACAAACAAGCCCAUCUCGAAGAAGAAUAUCUGAUGGUAUUCAAUCAAUAAUGUCAAGGUUGAAUUUAAGCUCAAGAAACUCUGGGAAUGCGGAUUCAAAUGAGCGAUAUUUGUCGCCUUUGAAACUAAAUAUGUAUUGCAAUAAUGGUGCAGAAACUGCGCUCCAUGCUGCUGUCCGACUGAAACACAAUGAAAUAGCAUCAGCAUUGCUCUCGUCCGGUGCCAAUCCAAAUCUCCCUGCCUUACAUAAUGUUAGUGAUCAGGGUGCUCUAUCUCAAAAUGAAGACAACACAACACCUUUGGUGGAGGCUUGUCGAAAUCGUGAUCUAACAAUGGUGGAUCUGCUUUUGAAACACGGUGCCCGAGAUGAUGAUUGCAAAGCAUUGAGUGUUGUCGUAGGAAACAAAGAUGAUAUUUUAACGGCAAAACUUCUCUCCAUCAAAGCAUUCCCAGAUCCAGAGCAUCGCAUAAAUAAAAAAUCAAUGAGUGAAAACCUCCCAGCUAUGCAGUUCGGGGGAAUCACAGGACUGACAUACAGCAGUUUGUUUGCCGACACUCCAGUCAUGAUAAAUUGGCACUGCCAGAAGUGCCAGUUGUCGAAAAUCAAACCACAGUGGCUGGUUGAUGCUGCCCUGCGGGUAAAUCCAAAACUUAGGCUAAAUCCCAAGAGCAAAGAAGUUGUUCUUUACGCCAUUACUAGAUUGGAUAUAUCCAAUAAUACUCUCAAUUGGAUUCCUCCAGUCAUAUUUCAGUUGCAAAGUCUCAGGUAUUUAAAUCUAGCACAAAAUAAAAUUGAAAGGUUACCAUUAAUUAGUGAUUUUGAACGUGUCUAUACUCAAGAAAGAUCAAGUAAAAAAUUGUCAAGACCCAGGCACCCUGUCAUAGGUUACUCUGUUCCGCUGUUAGAAGAAUUAUUUUUACAAGAUAACCGCCUUGAACUGAUACCGGAUGAAAUAUUCAAACUACCAUCACUAGUAACUCUAGAUGUAUCUAAUAAUAAAUUGCACACUUUACCGUAUCAAGUGUGGCGAGCACCAAAACUAAAAGAACUUAAUGUGGCAUUUAAUCUGCUCAAAGAUUUACCAUCAGUGCCCCCAGAAGAAGCAGCAAACAGCGAUACAGGGAGUAUCGGAUCUAUCGAUUCCUCUAAAAGUUUUGACUCAGGACUAGAGUCUCACCUAACGGAACCCUCUGAUACUCCACGCCAUCAGAACACAGAACAUCUUGAUCUAAUACACCAUACUUUGUGGGUGCAAAAUAUAGAGAUAACGGAGCAAAUAAUACACACGGAAGAUGAAAACAGCAGUCAAGAGAACUCUUCUCAACUAUCAGCUUUAAAUUUAUCUCAUAAUCAAUUUACCUCCAUUCCUCCUGUUUUACCUUGUCUGGCUGUGAAUUUGACGCGCCUGAAUAUGGCCUAUAACAACUUACGAAGUAUGGGCUACAUAACUUCGUAUCCUAGUUCCUUAAAACAACUUGAUUUAAGCAACAACAAAGUGUGUGUUUGGCCAAGUUUACCCCAACCAGAUCUUCUCCCAGACUCCUCAGAAAUCACAUGUUAUGCACUUGAUUCUAGUCUCAACAAAUCUACUUCAACAAAAAUUUUUAAUGGAAGACGAUCUCAAAAUCUUAGGACUUCAGUGCUUAAUAGUGUAUGUCCUCAUCGGUGUCACUUGAGGCUCGAUUCUUUACGCACUUUAAUACUCGCUGACAAUGCGUUAACUCGAAUUCAACUUUGCACCGAUGAUGAUGGUUCUAAUAUAAGUAGCACUCAAGGCGAAGAUCAAGAAUCAGAUUGGGAUUUUGUCAACAUGAAUAGUGACACAUGCCCACUCACCCUUAAGUCUCGAUUGAUAUUCCCAAACAUCAGUAUGUUAGAUCUGAGCAAUAAUCAACUGAAGAGAAUUCCUGCUUCUAUCUACAAACUGUCAAAUCUAUCGGUGCUGAAUGUUGCAGGAAACACAGAAAUAAGUGAUUUACCACCUCAAAUGGGUUUACUGUCACGGCUGUGGAGCUUCAAUACUCGAGGAUGCAAUCUUCAAGGACCACUAAAGGCAAUGAUUGAAUCUAAUGCCUAUAAAACAAUGGAUGUGAUAGGCUAUCUGAAAUCAAUCCUAGAAGAUGCUCAGCCGUAUGCUAGAAUGAAGUUGAUGAUUGUUGGAAUACAAGGUAUUGGGAAAACAUCCUUACUGGAACAGUUGCGGCAGGAAGGAACAGGCUCCUACAAAAAGAAACCUGUUGAGCAUUGGGCUAAACGAAUGGGUAACAAGAACAUCAAUGUCAAAAAUUCCCGUGGAACCAAUCUGUCCACUGUUGGAGUAGAUAUAAAUGAUUGGUCUUACGAAAAAAGAGUCAGGGGCCAGUCCACCCAUGGUCCAGUUACUUUCAGAACAUGGGAUUUUGGUGGUCAGCGGGAGUAUUAUGCUACUCAUCAGUAUUUUCUAUCAAAAAGGAGCCUGUAUCUUGUGGUUUGGAAAAUUCCAGAUGGUCAAAAAGGCAUAUCUGAAAUCCUACAAUGGCUAGUCAAUAUUCAGGCCCGUGCGCCAAACUCCCCUGUUAUAAUAAUCGGGACACAUUAUGAUAUGAUGAGGGAAAACUAUCCUUCAGCACGCUCGGAAGAUCUUCAGCAAUAUAUUAGAGAUAAAUUCAUAAACAUUGUUGAUGCUGAAAAGUGUGGCCUUCCUAGAGUUAUAGAUACCAUUGAAGUUAGCUGCAAGACUCGUCACAACAUCAAAUUGCUUUGUAACCUAAUUUAUGACACUGUUUUCAGUUUGAAACCACCAGGCAGCAAAGAAUUAUUGUUAGAGCAAAAAGUGCCUGCAAGUUACAUCGCACUGGAAGAUGUUAUUACACAUUUGGUCAGCGAACGUCGAGCGAAUAAUGCUGAUCCAGUCUUGAAUGCUGAGCAGUAUAAAUCAACAGUUAGUAUGGAAAUGCAGAAGCUGUGCAAUAAAAGCUUUAGAGAUGCUGCAGAAUUGCACCAGGCUACCUUAUUUCUCCAUGAGAAUGGUGUUCUCCUGCACUACGAUGAUGCUACACUAAAAGAUCUCUACUUUUUGGACCCACAAUGGUUGUGUGAUAUGUUGGCCCAUGUUGUUACGAUCAGAGAGAUCAAUCCUUUUGCAAGAACAGGUGUCAUGAAACUUGAUGAUUUAAAGCACGUGUUCAAGUCAUCCCAACUUGGAAUUGCCGAGGGACGAAGUUAUAUUGUCAGCUUGCUAAACAAAUUCGAAGUUGCAUUGACUUGGGACAGCCGCACUUUGCUCAUUCCUUCUUUGUUGCCAACUGAACAAGAUCACUUGUCCUCCUUUAACCCUUCUGUUAGGGUAAAGAUACCCAUUCGCUCUCGAGGGUGGGCCAUCCGCACCAAAAAACCUCCUUCCACAUCGACUACUGCUGUUGGAAAUUCACUUUUCUAUAGCUCAGUGAGUGUCGAACAGCCUGCCCCAAUCUGUGAAGAACCUAUUCCUGAAUUAAGUCACCGUUCAGACCCAGAAGUCUCCAUACGGCGGCUAUUGCUCAUGUCCUACUUUCCAUCUGGGUUCUGGUCUCGUUUAAUCACCAGAGUCUUGGCUGAUGAUUCCAUCGUUGAAAUAGUUCGAUCAUUUUUCAUCAUCCCGAAAGAGGUCUCGCAAGAUGCAAAAUUAGCCCAGUUGCUGGAUGUCAAAGUGGAGUGGGUUCUCUGGCAGACAGGAAUGGAGCUUCGUUACAGUGACCUUGUGCUAUUUCGAAUGAAGGAAAUUCUGCCGGGCUUGAAAAGCGCACCAGUCGAUUAUCGAACUCUCAAGAUGAAACUCAAACAAGAAGGCAUUUGGAAUAGUGUUGAUGUAGCGAAUUCAUCUAUAUUAGAAGUGUACAUGCCAUUAGAUACAAUUGUUAUCAAACGACCAAUCAUGGACCAGAAUGAGCCGACCGAAACCAUUGGGUACCACGCACUUGUUUUAGAUCCAUCUCCUGAGUAUUCCGCACAGCUCCUUGCAGUGACUAUCGAUCACAUCGAUGUUUUAUUAGAAGACUGGUAUCCCACUCUAGGAACAAGAUUUGUACAUACAUCGGAGGGAAAAUUUCUCGUUACUCGCCUCGUACCGUGUCCUCACUGCAUUGCUUCAACGCUAGUCUCAGAACUGGAUAUUAGUGGGCCUAGUCCUGGAGAUUCUGAUGCAGCCUCCAAGAAAAUACUUGAGGGUCAGUCAGUGGAACCCUUUGGUUUAUUCGAUGCUGAGCAGAGCAAUGGUGAAAAUUGGCCCGUUCGAAAGUCACAAGAAAGUUACACGUCUGAUGUUGACAGUGGUGUGGGGCCUGAUAGUCCUGGCUCAAGUCGAAAGCCGUCAGUAGAAGGUCAUCCUUGUUUGAAUGGUGAUGAGGAAGAAGAUAUCAACAAAGUGGAGUACUGUUGGAUGGUAGAAGAGUGCAUUUUGGCUGCUUAUGACAAGAAAAUCAUAAAAUGUCCAAAUCAUGGGGACAUACCUCUGGCUCAAGUUGCUCCUGAUACGAUGUUCCUAGACUUAGGGGAGAGGUAUCUAAUUCGACCGCAGAACAUUGUACGUGGACCAUUGUUGGGCCGAGGAGCUUUUGGUUUUGUUUUCAAAGGAUCAUGUAAAGUUCGUGGCACUAAUACAAGUAUAGAUGUAGCAAUGAAAAUGCUUCAACCUGUACAACCAGGACCAAAUGCCAGCAAAUCUGCAUUUAUUGCGUUUAAGGGUGCUCAAGGUAAAUGGGAGAGAGAUCCACUUCAGUAUGCAUCAAAAGCUUACUGCACCGCAAGGCAAGAAUUGAAUAUUUUAAUGAAUCUUCGCCAUCCGAACAUCGUGCCUCUAGUUGGAGUCUGCGCACGACCUCUUGCCAUAGUGCUGGACCUAGCUCCAUUAGGAGCUCUCGAUGCCACACUCCGCCAUUACAGAAGGUCCGGAGCAAAACUGGAGCCAUAUACACUCCAAGCUGUGAUUUUGCAGGUUGCCAAAGCAAUGGAAUAUUUACACCAGCAGCACAUAAUUUACCGAGAUUUAAAAAGUGAAAAUGUUUUAGUGUGGUCAAUUCCUCAGCCAUUUCAAUCAAGUUUUGAGGUUCCAGUUCAUCUAAAAUUAGCUGAUUAUGGCAUCAGUCGUCUAACAUUGCCUUCAGGAACAAAAGGUUUUGGUGGAACAGAGGGAUUCAUGGCCCCUGAAAUCAUGCGUUUCAAUGGAGAGGAAGAGUACACUGAAAAGGUUGACUGUUUUUCCUUCGGAAUGUUCAUUUACGAGCUGCUGUCAUUACACCAACCAUUUGAAAACCACGAAUCUGUGAAAGAUUGUAUUUUAGAAGGUGGAAGACCUCCUCUAUCUCACAAGGAAACACUUUAUCCUUGCUACAUGUUGGAUUUAAUGGUUCUCUGCUGGGCACAGGGGCCUCGUGAUAGGCCCUCAGCAAGUCAAAUCGUUUCUAUCGCUUCGGCUCCUGAGUUUGCACAUCUCUAUGACGUCACCUCGCUGUCACACCCUUCAUCUGUUGUUUCAGCUGUAUCAGCUGUUUUCUCCAAUUCAAAUGAGGAAGAAAACGAGGUGACUGCGGAAGUUUGGCUGGCGUGUGCCAAUUCAAAGAUUGAUCAGUUGACAGCUAAUGAAAAAAGCUGGCAGCAGUAUACCUCUCUUUCGCUCCCCGAGUGUCCAACUGCAAUGUGCUUGGUGGAAAACAGUGUCUGGUUUGGUGAUGUCAAGGGUCAGAUCCAUGCCUUUGCUGCUUAUUCAUGUCAGCACUUGUUCAGCUACAACCUUCUUCCAGAGGCUGAAUCAAAAACAGCAGGAGUCUGUGCCAUAUUGACCAUGCCAUCUCAAGACCGUGUAGCAGUCGGUCUCACUAACGGUCGAAUAUUUCUGGUACGUUCAGACAUUCUACCUGCCACAUCGUCAAUGGGAGAAGGGUCUUUUGUAAUGUCUGAGCUUGGUUCAACUACUGUGCUCCAUACCUUGACAGCACUCUUCAUGGAUGAUGGAUUAAUAUGUGAACUGUGGUGUGGAGGUAGCGAUGGUUGUAUUUCAGUCUACACAAUGCAAGAAAACAUUGUCAGUGGCCAUGAAGUUCUCAAUCAUUUUGAACCACUACAACCUAAUGUUAAUGUCCUCAAGCUAGUUUCAUCUCAUAGUCCUGUUAUGCAUUCUGGACAAACCUCUGUUUGGUCUUAUGUUUAUCCUGGCUGUGCUGUUUACCAAUGGAAUCCAGAAACACGCUCAAUUGUGAACAAGCUAGAUUGUUCCAAAUUAGUGCCUUGUUCUGAGAGUUUGCAGUCAAUCAGCAUUGAAGAACAUCUUAGUCCAGGACGAUGCCAGGUCACGAGUUUGUGUGUUAUGGAAAAUGAAUUGUACAUCGGCACAACUUGGGGCUGCAUUGUUGUUGCAGAGAGGGAUUCUAUGCGUCCAAUAACAGUAUUCCGUCCAUUUGAAGAGGAAGUUUAUGCGAUUAUCGCGCUGCCUUCAUUCAGCUCUGAUUCAACAUCAACUUUGGUCACAAUUGGUCGUGGUUACAGGAACCUCAUCAAACGCUACAAAGACAUUGUUGGAAUGCCUACUAUGUCUGGUCAAGUCACCAACAAUGACUCCAGCACAGACAAUACCUUUGGCCUUUUAUGGGUAGCCAAAAAUUGGACUGCAGCUUAAUUCAUACUCACUAGAAUCCUUACCGAUUUUUAGUGAAGUACAAAAAAUAAAAUAACUUAAAAAGAGGAGUCAAUUUUAGGUAGACUGUCCACAAGGAUUGGUUAGUUUUACAACGUUUUUAACAGUCACUCAAACUUACUCAAGUUUUUUUUUUUUUUUUUUUUUUCAAAUUGAUCAACUUGUUAAUUCAUGAUUAUGCACUAAAGCCUCCUCUGACAGCACAGCUCAGUCACUGCUGAUUCAAAGUGUUUCACUGACAUAGCUGAUCAUGAGCAGUAAGUAUGUAAAUUGAAUGGCCAGUGACCAUCGAAGUGUCAGGCAAGUGUACAUAUUUUUUAAAGUUCUUUUUUAUUUUUUUUUUUGACCGAUGCUGAAGUGUCAGAGAAAACAAGUAUGGAAAAAGCUAAGGCAGUCAACAUUUGAAAGUCCUCAAAGCAGUCAAAAGGAUGCAUGAAAUAUGCCUUUCAAUGGAUGAGUGAGGACUCUAACAUUUUAAAUGAUUUGGACUGAAGGUUUUGCUCUUUCAUCUUCAAAAUAUUUAUUUUUAAACCUCCGUUAUUUUUAAAAUAACAGAUUAGGUUUCUUCCUCUAUUUUCAUUAAGACCCAAAUGUGUUAUUGUCAAUCCUUAACUUAUUUAAGUCAAAUUCGCUAGAAGUGAAUUUUAUUUAUUUUUGUACUUGGAAAAGUUUUUGUGAGUUUGAAGUAUUCAAACUUAGGUGCGCCAAAAUUCUCCAAAAGGCUGUUUGCCAAAUGAAGAAUUCAGUUGCCGAGAUAUUUAGCCUGGAGAAUUCAAUCCGAAACAUAGAGGAUGAAACAUAUUUUACCUGGUUCUGAGAUCACCAUCAGCGACCAAAGAAAAACAGUGACUGCACUACACCAUGCACAAGUUUGUUUUUACCCAGUUUACGAAAAAAUUGGUUUAUUAUUUCAAUUCCAUAUGUAAUGUAGCCAAAGGUCUGUAACUUGUCAGCAUCAAACAAAAGAUCGUUUUUUCUGCAGUAUCACUGUGGUUGGUAUUACCAACUGCAGUAUACUAUGGGUAGGUGUGCUCUGUUUAAAAAAGGAGGGCCCCCCUACAUUGUCAUCCAACAACUUACUACCCAUACGUAUAAAGUGUAUACACACGAUGACUAACACUAAAUCAGGGUGUAUCCAAAUUCUCGUUUGUCAGCAAAUCUUACAGAAAAUAUGUAUGCCUCUUAGUUACAUCACAUACCCUUGCCCAGGCAGCAAAAAUGGACAGCAACCUUGUUCUUGGGAUUUAGCGUUCUUUAAUUAGAAAUUCAAAGAUCCUAGUACACCAAAUUGUUGCUUUCUUGUACUUUUCUUUGUAGAUGAGGCUUGUUGCUUCUUUUUAAUACUCUGUUAUGUUACAAAAUAUUUUUGCCAACUUUUCAAAAUCCUAGCUCAGCUAUGAACUUUUUGUGAUAUUUAUUUAGUCAGCUCUUUGAUUCCUCAUUUUUUAGGUUUAAGAAUUUUAAUUUACUCGAUGAAGUAACAGAUGUGAUACCCUUUUGUGAGUUUUAAUUUUAUUUUAAUUUUUGAUUUUUUUAAUAUAAUGUUUGUUGAACCAUAACUUUUUUAAGUGCUUUCAAACUCAAUUCAACUUGCGAUUGUAAGUGAAAUAAAAGAAAAAUUAUUUUUUUAA